ACGGCGGCGACGCGGUUGAAUAAUAAAAAAAAAAACAACCCCAAACCAAACACGUCGAUCGAGGAGUUCCGAGGAGUUCUGAGGAGAAAGUCAUGCCUGCUCGCGUGUCUUAGUGUCACGGCCAUGGCCAAGCAGUACGACGUGUUGUUCCGGCUGCUCCUGCUCGGAGACUCCGGGGUCGGGAAGACCUGCAUGAUGCGCCGCUUCACGGAGGGCGAGUUCGAUCCGUCGCACAUUUCCACCAUCGGGGUCGAUUUUAAAAUGAAAACACUCGAAAUCGAUGGAAUCAAGGUGCGAGUACAGAUUUGGGACACGGCUGGUCAGGAGCGUUAUAAGACCAUUACCAAACAGUACUACAGGCGGGCACAGGGCAUCGUCUUUGUGUACGACAUCACAAACGAGCCGUCCUUUCAGCACAUAGCCAAGUGGGCCAGCGAUGCGGAUGAAUAUGCCCCCGACAAGGUGCAGAGGAUCCUGGUAGGAAACAAGUCUGACGAGGAGCUCAGGAGGAUGGUGACGACGGACCAAGGAAGCAAGCUGGCUCAAACCUAUGAGAUGGAGUUCUUUGAAACCAGUGCCUCCGCCAGCAGCAACAUCAGUGAGUCAUUCACUCGCAUGACGGAACUGGUGCUGCGGGCGCACAAGAGAGACGCGGACAACUUGUUGUCGUCCCUGGAUGAUUAUCUAGAAAAGGCUGCUCUGGAGGACGAGGGGAGUAGAGAUGCUGACGACAACGCUCAGAGGAGUUGUGCCUGUUAGCACAAAAGUGCCAUGACUUUAUACCUGAAGACAUUUGUCCCACACUUUGGCUUGACUCAUCCCUCCCUUGGGGCAUCCUUCAUGGGUACUAUGUCGUCUUGGACAAGGGGGCACGUGGUUGGUUACACUUUUUUGCAGGUCAAUGAAUUUACAUGGUGGUAAAUGCAGUUAGCAGCAGCUACCAGCAGAGGGCCCAAUUUAGCUGCGCGACCGCUGAGUGUCCCUCAGGCAAAUCUCUCAACAGGCAUGCUCUCCUCCUUUUCCUCAGUGAAACGCAGUGUUUCACGAAACAUCCACUUCAUCUAUUUUCCCGGCGCUUUUGUUUUCGUGUUGCUUUUUAUUUCAUUUGCGGUCGGCACGUCAACAAACUGGUUACUGAGAGGAUUUUAUAUCAGACAAAACUGCUCAUUAAGGUGAAGUAUAAAUGCUGCAACAAGGUAAACAGAGGACAAGGACAGGGAUGAAUUAUUUACACCUCGAAACUCUGACCGAGCAGAGGUGGAUUCAUUUACAUGCUGGACUUAUUUCCUUCAGCGAGAUACCGUUGUGCCAUGUUCAGUGACCUUUAUGAAUGCAGUGCAUAUUUAUUUUCCAUAUCUGACUGUAUCGGUAAAGUUUGUUUUACGAAUGUGUUUGCUGUACUGUUUAUGAAUCACCUACUGUAAUGUGUGCUUUGAUGCACGGUUACUGCUGCUCAAUUUAACGUUGUCAGGGUCUGCUGAGGUGCCACAGCCUAUGUCAUUUUAAUAUAAUGUUUCAAACUCAAGAAUGAUUGGGGGGGAAAACAAUGUACAAUGUUUUGGGGGUAAAUAAAUAGAUAUCUCAUG